AUGCUCUUCCCAGCCAACUUGACGUUUCAAAAACGACGGGUACCCGCCGCCGGGCGCUCCCGAUCCAGACGAUCACGACAGGUCACGAGAGAGAGCCAUGCUGCUGUCAUGAAUCCUUCCGUGCUCGCGGACUGGGUUGGUCGCUUCGCUCGGGAGCUUGAUCAAUGCAUGCGGCUACUCGAGUUGAGCUCCCGCGAGCAAGACACCUCACCCGACUCAACUACCAUCACUUCUCCCAUCUACCCCACCUUUGCCGGUGCAGACCAGCAUCAGCGACAAGCCAUCCAGCUGUCAAGCAUCACCCUCCACGACCCCACUGCACCGACUGCACAGUCCUCGGUCAUUCCGAUCUUUAGAGCGAUGAUGAGCGAGAAUGAGGCAGUGCACGAUUUCUGCUACGAUGUUCCCAGCACCGUGAUUACGAACCAUUGUAUCUCCGGUGUGCCGGUACUGGUACCAUGCUGCAUCGUACAUUACCAAGCAGCACGAAUGCUCUCCGGUCAAUGCAAAUCUGGAUCGAUCGAUUCCACACUCGUGGAGCUUACACGAGCCAUGCACUCCCGGUCUAGAUCUCUCAGCCCUCUCUCAGCGAGUAAGCUACACUCUUCCUCUCGAGAUGUAUGA